AUGUUCAUCGACACCACGGAACAACCGAGGGGUAUCCAUCCAAGCAAUUCGCUCACUGGACCAUGGUCUGCUCACGGCCGUAACCAAUCUGCGCGAUUAUCUCUCUUCUGUCAAGAAGAUAUGAUGCCAAUAUCAGGAUUGACAUGUGUACGGGGUAUACCUUCAGGUGCUUGUCCUACCAUUGACCCCGCCUACCAUUGUUUUCAUUCGCAGAUUCUAUCCUCCAUACCGACAAACACAUCCAACAAAAGUAAAUUGGAGUCAGUCACAUUUUCGCAAUGGCUUCUAGUGGUCUUUUCAAAGCAGCUGCCGUGCUCAAUGCGGUAA